AUGUUAUCUAUAACGUAUGUCGUGUUUUUCUUCUACACAACAGUGAUCUUGGCAUCAUCAAAUUGUGAUGCAAGUAAUAGUCAGGAAGGAGAUGGAAAAAAAUUUAAAGGUCGUGGUCCAAUUCAAUUAACGGGUCGAGCCAAUUAUAAAGAAGCUGGAAAAGCAUUACAGUUAGAUUUCAUCAAUCAUCCUGAAAAAGUGAAAACACGUGAAGUUGGAUUUCGAACGAGUGUAUGGUUUAGGAAAAAGCACAAAUUGAAUGCAUUAGUCGAUAAAAAUACACUCGAAUCAUUUCGAAUGAUUACUAAACGAAUUAAUGGAGGUUCGAGGGGACAAGUUGAUCGAGAAAAGUAUUGGGUAAAAGCAAAACAUGCAUUGGGAUGUUGA